CAAAAAUAAUUAUUUUCCACAAUUGCAAUUUGAAAUUGAUUCACGCCAACCAGUUUGUGUACGCGAUACAAUAAUCAACGACAAGUUGCAGUGUUUUUUGUGAUAAUUUUGAACUGUAUAUAAAAUCAAAGUGUGUCUACUACAAUUAGAUAAAACUAAACUAAGCAAACAGUGUAAACAAUUUAUAUAUUGAUGGUGUGCAAAAGCAUUGGCUUGGAUAUCAAAAUGCAGUUAAAGAUGGAAGCGCAGCCAUUGCCGCAGCAGCAACAAUUGCAACAGCAACAACAGCAGCAGCAGCAACAGCAGCAGCAGCAGCAAGUCUUAACAGUUAAGCAGCUACAAUUGUUGGAUAAAAUCAAAUUAGAGUCGAGCAACGGAAAUGAUCCGCAAGCUGCUAGCACAUUAGAUGAGCAACAGGAGCAGUCACAGCAGCAGCCACAGCAGCAACCACAGCAGCAGCCAACAACAACCGUUGGUGUCUUAGUCCACGCCAACAGUCAAAGCAGUGUCAGCGAAUCCGACGAGGGACAAUACGUGGUGGUGCCACGCCCACAGCAGCGACGCAUACUGACUACCGCCGGCACACUCGAGCUCAACGAAAGCCGCGAGGGAGAUCCCAGCAGUGCCAGCUCCAACUCUGCAUCGGACAAUCACAUUGAGUAUCAGCGCGCGGCUCAUCAGUCGCCACACUAUAUCCAAAUGGCGCCCAGAACAGCCGCCGAGGUGGCUGAGCAGGUGGCCGUCACUGGCGCUGGCGGCACGCUCUAUGCAUAUCCUUCGGGACAAAUAAUCUGCAGCGGAGAUGAUGUGACUGCCAUCAAAAUUGAAACUAUUGACAAGAACGAAGUGUCGAACGAGGCGCAGGCGCAGCAGUUGCAACAGCAACAACAGCAGCAGCAGCAGCAACAACAACAGCAAUGCCCUACACCAAAUGGUGCAACCUAUGCGGAUGCAAUUGUCGUCAGCAGCGAGGCAGCACUACAGCAUCAUCAUCAGCAGCAGCAGCAACAGCAGCAGCAGCAUCAGCAGCAACAUCAGCAUCAACAGCAGCAACAACAUGCUGCUGUAGCAGCAGCAGUUGCCGAGGCUACGCACGCCCACAACAUACGCUACGUUACGGAAGACGGACGCUUUGCCACGGCCAGCGGCGAGGCAGACGCUGCCGGCGGAAACAUCUACUACGAAGCGCCCGUCGUCAAUGCCACGGUGCAUGUGAACGAGUCCAAGACGUACGCGGAUCUGGGCAAUGCCUAUGCCUAUCCGCCCAACUCCACCUUCACCAGCAACAGCUAUGCGGCCGCCACACUGCAGCAGGGCAACACCAUCUACAGCGUGCCAGGCACAGCGCAGUUUAUCACCAAAGCCGAUCCCAAUUUGAAUCCGCUGCGGCAAACAGCAGCGGGCACAUACCAGGCCAUACCCUUCCUUGACGGCAGCAAUGCCAACGAUACCUUGUGGACCACCACCGGCGGAGAGUAUCAGAACGUGUCCUUUUCAAACUUUCAUCCGCAGGUUAUCGAUGAUUAUCCCAGCGGCAACAUGACCGCCGCCCAUUGGCCGCCAGCAGGCAGCAUCACCAGCUACGAUCCCAAUCUGACUGCAGGCGCCAGCGUCGCUUCGCCCAACAGUCAUGGCAUGGCGGAGCCCAAGUGCGACAUCUGUAAUUCGACGUAUAUGCGCAAGGGCGCUGAGUGGUUCUGUCCCGGCUGCCCGAGCUAUGCACGCGUGGCGCCUCGCUUGCCGCCGCGCCAGAAGCCCAAGGCUGCCGCUGCGCCCAACAACCGUCGCAAUGGCGUCACCUGCGCCAAUUGUCAGACCAACUCGACCACGCUCUGGCGACGCAACAACGAGGGCAAUCCCGUCUGCAAUGCCUGCGGUCUCUACUACAAGCUGCACAACAUGAACCGCCCACUGUCCAUGAAGAAGGACGGCAUACAGAAGCGCAAGCGCAAGCCAAAGAACAAUGGUGGUGCCCCCAUGCAUCACCGCCCUCCACUGCCCAGCAUGUCGCAGGGCGUCAAUCUGAUGGUGAACAGCAGCACGCUCUAUCCCUCCCAAGUGGCCGUGGGCUUGCUGAGCAGCCAACAGAAUCCCAGUCCCGAGCUGCAUGACAUGUCCACUACGGGUCCGGCGGCUGCCGUCUCUGGCACGCGUGUGGUGGCCAUUGCGCUGAAUACCAAUGCAGCCAACCCGGAGGGCACUUUGAAUAUGUCGCGGCAUCAUGUGACAGGCGAAAGCCACUCCUCCUAUAGCCAACAGCAGCAGCAGCAGCCUCCCUCACAGAGUCAGUCGCCACAUCUGCCCAACUCCAGCACGCUGAAUCGCCAAAUAGCACAAUCUGUGCCGCCAAUCGAAAACAGUCGCGGCUCCAACAGCGAGCUUACGCCCAGCGUCAUCACGCGCACUGGUCUGCCCGAGCGUUCAUCGAAUAACUAAAGCCUAAUUUAAGCGAAUUGUAAAGAUUGCCAAAUGCCAAUGAGUUACGUAAGCUAAGUCAGCUAAGUGUGUUGCGUUUGUCUAAAAUGCAACACUAACUUAUUUAUUUAUUGCAUUCAAAAUCUAAUCAGCCGAGCGGAGUUUUCAUUUAGAAACUAUUUUGUCUACGAGCUGCUGGCUUGCCAAAUUCCACUUAAUAUUUUAUAUAAUUUAAUAUUAUUGUUAUUGUAAGCUUUUACUUAAGUCUUCCCCUUGCUCAAGUCAAUGUAUUGCUACAAAUUAUUUAAAAUAAUGAACAGCUUUAAUCAGCCAAACAUACAUAUACAUAUACAUAUAUAUUUACUAUUUGUACCGCUAUUAGCUAUAGUUUAGCACAAACUUUCAAUUUUGUAUACCUUAGCUUAAGUACUUCAAAGCGAAGAAUAAAUAAGUUGUAA